AUGACAAUCGCACUGUACGCGCACAAGCCGCACGCGAUCCUGCCGUUCCUACGACAAGACCUGCCGGACACGGUCGUGGCCGUCGGGUCAAUCAUGUGCAACCGGACGAGCGAGGACGAGGCGGGGCCGGUCGAGGGGCUGCCGGUGCCAGGUGUGCUGUCGACCAUCCACGCGACGUUCCCGCCGGCCCAGAACGGGGAAGCGUUGCAACCCGGCGAGUCAUGGGUCAUCGCGUACGCGCUCCCCCGGCCCUCGGAGCAGAUCCGCGUCUACCACUCGCUCCAGCACUACCCGGCCCGCCAAACCCCCGAGACCAUCGCGCGCGCCGGCGCAGAGAUCAACGCGGUUAUCGACGAAAUGGCAAAGCUGUACCCCGCGCAGCGGGUCGUCGGGCAGGUGCCAGAGGUCUUCCGCCCGUUCGUGCAGGCGCAUGUCGGCGGCCCGGAUCACGGACGCAACUGGACGUACUUUGCUCCUCCGGGGGGCACCAAGGUGGACCUGAGCGGGGUGAACACUGAUGGGUUGGAGCUCGGGCUUGCGCGGGAAGAGGACGCGGCGUUGAUCUUCGCAGAGAACAAGUACCGCAGCCUAGAGUACUACGCCUCGCGCGCAGCGCACACCACCGUCCUCCGGCCCACCGUCGCCCCCGGCGAGCCCACCCCGCUCCCCGUCGCAUGGUUCAUGACGCACGGCGACGGGUCAGUCGGCGCGCUGCACACCAUGCCGGCGUACCGCCGCCGCGGGCUCGCCAAGGUGCUGAUCGCGAAACACCUCGGCGACCUCGAGGCCCGCGGCGUGCCAGUCUACUGCAAUGUCGAGAAUGGCAACGAGGUCAGCGCGAAGCUUUGGGAGGGGCUCGGGUGGACGCGGGGGUGGAACGCGACGUGGAUUUAUCAGUACCAGCAUGGCGCGCGCAAGUGGUAG